AUGGGUUAUUUUAAUUUUACUCUUUACCAUCGAAAUCAAUACAAUCAACUACAACCAUUAGAAGACCACCAACCUCAUAUUAAUCAAACUUUACCUCAACAAUUUGAAGAUGAACCUGGAGAAAUGGAAUAUGAUGAAAAUUAUCAUAUGGAAUUUGAUCAACAUGUUAAUUUAAAUGGAAAUGGGACAAUUUAUAUUUUUUAUUUUAUUAAAUAUUUGAGGGGAACAAAUAUUGAACAAGUAGCUUAUAGCGAAAAUCACACAAUAAUUCCGAAUCAAAGAAUUGUUUGUUUAGAACAGUCAAUAUUGCAUAGAUCUGUUGAUGAGGAUAUUAUUAGAAUAUUUCAAAACAGAACACAACCAUAUAAUAUUAAUUAAUAAUUAAAAAUAAAAUAAUGUGAAAUUGGUUUUAAAGGAAAAUAAUUUUGAAAAUUUACUAAAGUGAAGCGAUUAAAGAAUAAAUAAAUAAUAAAUAUUGUUGAAAUUAUGGAGAUAUGAAAUCGAUCCGAUUAUAAUUCCAACUAGAGAUCAGCAAAAUCGUGUUUGCGGGAUCCCGCGCGCAAAAUCCCGCGCUGGAUCCCGUCCAACGCCGACCUCUAAUUCCAGCCCAAGCCUUAAUCCUUCUUAUCCUCUACAUCCGUCUUAAUCCUCACAAAUCCCUGGUUCUUCUCACAGAUCCCUCGAUAUCUCCUCAAAAUCUUUCUAACACUGUAUAUCCCUCAUUUCUCCCCAAAUCCCUCGAUAUCCCUGUUAAUCUCGAAAUACCCUUUUAAUCACUC